UCUGCACGCCCCUCUUUCUCCAUUAGCGCCCCCCCUACAUUGCUAUUUCCCUCCCUCCCCCCUUUUCGUUUCCGGCGCUCCCGCCUUCUCUCCGCAGAGCUCUUCUCUGAGCCUGUUGGGGGGAGGGAGGGGGGCGUGGAGGAACUGGGGUUCGCGGGAGCACGAGCUGCAGCACCACUUCCGGGUGAGUGCAAGGGGAGGGCGGCAAGGAGGGGGGGCCACCCACUACCUCGCGCCCCCGCCCUGCGGGUGUCUCGCGCGCGUUCCGUGCGUGUGAGUGUGUGGGUCUGUCUCGCGCCAGAAGUGCGUGCCCGCGCGCUGCGCCUUGCGCUUUUUCCCCUCCCUCGCCCCUUCCUGGUCCUCCCACCCCACUCGGCUCCCUCCUUUCCCAGCAAACGCCGCCCCUCCCGCGCCCUGGCUCAGGCUCUGGCGCCGCCGCAGCCGUCGCCGCCCGAAAGUUCAGGAGCCCUGGAAAGGAGAAGGAAUAAGACGGCAGGAGGAAGAGAGAGAGAGGGUAGAAUGGAAGAAUCUCACUUCAAUUCUAACCCGUACUUCUGGCCUUCUAUCCCCACAGUCUCAGGUCAGAUCGAGAACACAAUGUUCAUCAACAAGAUGAAGGAUCAGCUGUUGCCAGAGAAGGGCUGUGGUCUGGCCCCACCUCACUACCCCACCUUGCUGACAGUGCCUGCCUCAGUGUCCCUGCCCUCAGGCAUCAGUAUGGACACAGAGUCCAAGUCAGACCAGCUGACCCCACACAGCCAAGCGUCCGUUACCCAGAAUAUCACGGUGGUCCCUGUGCCGUCUACAGGACUGAUGACUGCUGGUCCGGGUUUGGUAAUCACGUCCCCCUCAGGCUCUCUUGUGACCACAGCAUCAUCAGCUCAGACCUUCCCCAUUUCGGCUCCCAUGAUUGUCUCAGCUCUUCCCCCUGGCUCACAAGCCCUGCAGGUUGUCCCUGACCUCUCCAAGAAGGUAGCAUCGACCCUAACCGAGGAAGGAGGCGGAGGUGGUGGUGGAGGUGGCAGUGUGGCUCCUAAGCCACCCCGGGGCCGGAAGAAGAAACGGAUGCUGGAAUCAGGGCUGCCCGAGAUGAAUGACCCUUAUGUCCUCUCCCCUGAGGAUGAUGAUGACCAUCAGAAAGACGGCAAGACCUACAGGAGCGAAGGGAACUGCGGCACAGGAAAUGGACAGAGCCUUGGGCUCAUGGAUUCAGUUCCCGGCUCCACCACGAAUUUGCUGUGUGACCCUGGGUGCCGGAUGUGCUCACUGACAUUCUACUCCAAGUCGGAGAUGCAGAUCCACUCCAAGUCACACACCGAGACCAAGCCCCACAAGUGCCCACAUUGCUCCAAGACCUUCGCCAACAGCUCCUACCUGGCCCAGCACAUCCGUAUACACUCAGGGGCUAAGCCCUACAGUUGUAACUUCUGUGAGAAAUCCUUCCGCCAGCUCUCCCACCUUCAGCAGCACACCCGGAUCCACUCCAAGAUGCACACGGAGACCAUCAAGCCCCACAAGUGCCCGCACUGCUCCAAGACCUUCGCCAACACCUCCUACCUGGCCCAGCACCUCCGUAUCCACUCGGGGGCCAAGCCCUACAACUGUUCCUACUGCCAGAAGGCCUUCCGCCAGCUCUCCCACCUCCAGCAGCACACACGAAUCCACACUGGUGAUAGACCAUACAAAUGUGCACACCCAGGCUGUGAGAAAGCCUUCACACAACUCUCCAAUCUGCAGUCCCACAGACGGCAACACAACAAAGAUAAACCCUUCAAGUGCCACAACUGUCAUCGGGCGUACACGGAUGCAGCCUCACUAGAGGUGCACCUGUCUACGCACACAGUGAAGCAUGCCAAGGUGUACACCUGCACUAUCUGCAGUCGGGCAUACACAUCAGAAACAUACCUUAUGAAACAUAUGCGCAAACACAACCCGCCUGAUCUUCAGCAACAAGUGCAGGCAGCAGCAGCGGCGGCAGCAGUGGCCCAGGCCCAGGCUCAAGCUCAAGCCCAGGCUCAGGCUCAGGCUCAAGCCCAGGCCCAGGCCCAGGCCUCCCAGGCAUCACAGCAGCAGCAGCAGCAGCAGCAGCAGCAGCAGCAGCAGCAGCAGCAACAGCCACCACCACACUUCCAGUCUCCUGGGGCAGCCCCCCAGGGCGGGGGUGGUGGGGACAGCAAUCCCAACCCUCCACCCCAGUGUUCCUUUGACCUGACCCCGUAUAAGACGGCGGAGCAUCAUAAGGACAUCUGCCUCACUGUCACCACCAGCACCAUCCAGGUGGAGCACCUGGCCAGCUCUUAGAGAUCCGUGCUGCCACCCACUGGGAAGAGGAAGUAGUAGUCCUGGUGUCUUCUUUCUCCAACUCUUGGUGGGAAAAGUCCUUUUCUUCCUUGACAGGCCUUGGCUCCAUCUCCUUGGGCCUCAGUCACGGCUUUCCUUCACAGGAUACCAUCCUUUUUCUGAACUCUUCUUCAAAAGGAACAUCAGCCCUCCUGAUUGCAAAGGAAUACUGAGCUGAUGGUGUCAUCCAGCAGCCUCCCCUCCCAAGCAAAGCUUUUAAAAUUGGGGGUUGGUGCUCAAGGGAAGGAUUUGCUAUGACCUCAUAGAAACUUGUCCAGUGUGGUCACUUACCCUAUCCUUACCCUCCUUAUCCUCAAAGUUUGGGCUGAUGUAAGACUAGAGGCUGGCCCUCCCAGAUAACAGAGAAAAGGGAGCCCCAAAUGCAACCAGCCUCUUGUUCUAUUCUUGCCUGCAAAAGAACAGAGGUUUCUCAAAUGCCUCAGUCCCUGAGAGCCAUUUCUUCCCCUACAUCGUCUCACUUUGCUUCCUAUUGACUGCUGGUAGAAGGAGAUUUGGGGUAGGGGCUAGACCUCCUUUUAUUUGAAGGGGGCAAGGGCUGAGAUGUGGUCCCCAAGGGGCCAGAAAUUCCCAAGUUGGUCACAGGUGGCUUAGAAGUGUGGGUUAUGGUUUUAUGGAUUUCCUUGAAGCCUCUCUCCUUCUCUGCCUACAAAGACCCUAUACUCUCAGUCUCCCCAACCCACCCCCAAGGAGCUGUGGGAGGCUUUGUGUUAUCUGUGAAACUCCAAAACAGGGGUGUUGCGGAGAAGGGAGAGUUCAAGGCAAACGCAAGGACUGGACUUAGCUCCCUAGGUGCCACAGUCAGAUGCCGGACACGGAUUUAUAUAUAAAUAUAUAUAUAUAAAUAUAUUAUACCCACUCAUCACGGCCAUCUUCGUUGUAACCAUUUCUGUGUUUAUAAAUGCAUUAUCUCUGAGAAUUUUCAUAUUUGAUGUUUUGUUUAUUUUUGUCCUUUUUUUCCCUCUCUCCACCCCUGUCCUCUAGCCACAGCAUUUUUCUUUUUGUCUUUUUUUUUUUUUUUUUUAAAUCAUGGCAGAUUUCAGAGGAAAGGAAAUUAAAAAAAAAAAUCAGGAAACCAGUUGUUAUAAAGUAAUUUAAAAAUGAAGAAAAAAAGAAAAAAACUUAUGUACAAACCAAGGGGUGUUUUUAGAACAUUGUAUAGAAAUAAAUUCAUGUAAAAGGA